AUGACCGCCUCAGGCACAGACCCCCGCCUGGAAGGCUUGUUCGCCAGUCUCAAUCAGUCCUCCAAAUCUAGCCCACAACAAGCUGCUGCAGGUCUGACGCAGCAGCGCAAUGCCCGUGCUUUUGACGGAGCUGCACCCUCGCGGAGCUCUAACCAAGCACAUGCAAACUCACACGCCGACGCACAGUCAAAUCUCUUAGGUCUCCUCAACUUUGGUGGGUCAGCCACGCCGACCCAGCGAAGUUCGCAACAAGCCGCAACAGCUGAUGCUACGAGACCUCCGCACACUUCUACUAGCACCCACAGUGUUCACGGUAGGGGUAUCUCAGCUUCAGAUUUAGUGGCCUCCAUCAGAGGUGGAGGUAGCGGAUCUGGGUCGAAGCCGCCCACACCGGCGCAAUCAAUGCCGCGCUCAUCUUCACAAAGCCAUCAGGAAUCGCUUUUGAGGCUUCUCAAUCAGACAGCAGUGAAUGCAGAGGAGCAAAGACGCUCAACUCCUACGUUGAAAGAGCGAAGCCCAGCGCGAGAUACCCCCUCGCCCGCUCACAACUCGCCUUCUGUGCGUGUGUUUGGCAGUAAAGAGAACACGCCAACUCCUUUCCACCCUGAGUCUCUCGCCAAGUCACCGUCAGCUGCGACAAAUGCACCGAUGUUCACUUAUGUCAAUCCUUUCGAGCAGCUUGCGGAUUCGUCUCCGUUGAAUACGCAGUCCCGUCAGAAGUCGAAUGGAAUUUCCCAAAAGCGCCAAGCAAAAUCACCUUCACCGGUUGCUGCACAGAGACCAGCUCACAAGAAACUUACCACUACCGGAAACGAAGUCAUGCAGAGCAUUGAAUCACCCCAGCCCGAGCGCGCCAAAGAUGGCCGCACCCAAGUAGAAGCUCUGAUGGACAUUGGAGCGCCCAGCAAAGAUGUAGAGACAGUUGCUGAGGCUCUAAAUGAGGUAGGUGACCAAGUGCACAAACAAAUGGAACAUGCUUUGGCGGAAGCGGAAAAGAAGGAGCCACAGACCAAAGAAGAACUACCAAAGGAUACUUUGAAUGACUCUAACACUGCUGCAACCAAUGAUGGAAAGCUCAACAAUGGCGAUAACUCUAGUCCUCCGACCUGGGUACAUCGAGAUGUUCCUUCUUACCAGUUUCCAAUGAAGCCCUUCGUUUCUAUUGAGAUUGUGAAAAAGUCCGUCGGUUUAUCGGUCAACGGAGAAUCAAUUGUGAAUAUUGCUCGCUUCAAGAAAGAAUUUGACCAGAUUGACCGAACAUUAGCAGCAGCAACGAGAGAUUUUAUCGUCUAUGGGAUGCCUAGGAAUGGAGGUAUAAGAGUGAUACAUCAAGACAAUGGUCUUUCCAGGAUGCUAUUUCCGAAUACCCAGGAUCGUGUCUUCAAUGUUGUAGUAUCCACAGUGUAUGACGGUCCUGGGUACCAGAGAGUCAUUGCCACUGGAAUUAGUGGGACUGUUUACUGGGCAACUAUUGGGGAACCUGGUAAAGACCUCUCGCUCGCCGACAUGGAGUCUGGGGCGGUCAUCUUCCCUCCGAGCGCUGCUGGUUCGGAAUCAGCUACAAGCGGUCAACUCAAGACUCGAGCAAAGAAGAGUAGUCGCCAUCCAGAAUUCUUCGGUAUUGGCCGCGGCAAGUCCAUACAGAUCGUCUUUCCAUCUCAUGCUCGUGACUCUGCCUUUUUUGGGGACUCAUCAACCAUCGAUACUGAAAAAUACUUUGCUGAUCGGAGCCUGAAGGUAACAACCGGCAAGGCCGGCAAAGACUUCGCCUUCAGCGAAGAUGACACGACAAUUGCGACACUUGAUAAGGCUGGUAAGCUUAGGGUCUGGGACAUCAGUGAACUAGUAGACCCAAAUAACUCAUACGCGGGCAAACUUGCUGGCAUUGAAGUCAAGACUCCGCUUUUGACUUACUCAACCACGCAUUCUGCUGAAAAAUCUUGGCCUACUUCGGUCCAUUUUGUUGACAAGAUUCGCGCGUACAUCAAGGGUAUCGCUCAGCGCUUCAUAAUCGUUGGCAUGAAACAAAAUCAUAUACUUCAGCUUUGGGAUCUAUGUCUUGGCAAAGCUGUGCAGGAACUGAGCUUUCCCCACUCAAAUGAGGCCGAUGCUAUCUGCAGUGUGGUUUACCAUCCCAACUCAGGCAUUAUCGCCGUAGGUCAUCCUACGCGCAACUCUAUCUACUUGAUCCAUCUCUCUUCACCGAGAUAUAACCUACCACCUAUGUCACAGGCUAAAUUUGUCCAACGACUUGCUACUAAGGACUCCACUCUUCCACGUGCUGAAGCUACAGCCAUUAUGAGCGGCCUACGCGAAUAUUCGCUCGCUGAUAUCGGUCAGCUUCGAAGCCUGGAAAUUACACCACCUGCAGUAGACGCUGCGAAAAGGGCCGAAGAUGAGGGAGACUCCCAAUUGUUCGAGCUUUAUGUCAUGCACUCGAAGGGUGUUACCUGUCUCGGCUUUGAGAAGGAGGAUCUUGGCUGGUCGGCAGACAGCAAAGCGCUGCUUCCGGUGGACGCAGAGCAAGAAGGCUUCAUCAAAGUCAAAGACCUUCGAGAGCCCUUGGGAUCAUCUCUUGAUUCAUCUUACUCUCACGGCGAUUCGGCGUCUUCUAUGAAAACUGGACCAAAAUCGACUCUCAAAGAAACGGAGAAGCUUAGCAAGACUACCCCUACGGGCUCCUCAAAGACAAGUGAGAAAUCAGAAAAGAAAAAAGCGAAGCAAGCCUCCACAGCUGAAUCAAAUAUAAAGCCUGUGGUGGUUGAACCAACCAGUGAAGAACAUCGAGCUCCUUCGCCACCUCCAAAAGCUUUGGUCAUCCGUCAACAGGAGGAGGAGAAGCAAGCUUCGCAUGAUGCGGGAGAUGUUUCUGUCGCCCCUAUAUUAGACCGUCAGACUAAAACGUCUUCUGACAUAGAGCCCAUCAGCCUCGGAAUCUCUAGUGAGCUGCUUGAUAAAGAAAUGCGCAAGAUUGAACUCGGAGUUUCCGCAGAAUUUGAUAAGUCGUUUCAACGCGAAUUGGACGCUCUGCAUCGACGCCUUGACAAUGACAGGCAGGUGCAAACGGCCGCAGCAGGCGCUAAUCAAGAAGCAAUCCUGCGCUUGGUCUCAAAGCAGUUGGGCGACAACGUGGAGAAGUCACUUACAACAAUUGUGACGCGGGCUAUCAAAGACUCGGUGAUUCCGUCAAUUUCAACCCUGACUGCCAACAAUAUCGAGAAGAACAUACCUUCCGUAAUUGAUCAAAAAUUGCGGCACGUCCUUCCAUCUGUGCUUAGCUCAGUAGUACCUGAAGCUCUUACUCGUAUGGUCCAGUCCGACGCCCAUUAUCGUGCAGUUUCGGAGCAGAUUACUAGGAAUGUGACUGGCAUUGUAGAGAAAGAGUUCAUGGGCACUCUCCAGAGGUCGGUCAUCCCUAGCUUUCAGAACCUCGCUGUCAAUGCUGCGCAAAAGAUCGGCCAAGAUACGGAAAAUCGGGUUCGCAGCCAGUUACAGCAAGCCGAAGUACAACGCCGCGAAGAUGCUGGGAAGAUUGAUCAGCUUGCGAACUCUGUUCGUGUGCUUUCUGAAACUAUUCACCAGAUGGCGGAGGCUCAGUCAGACUUUCAGUCGGAAAUCUUGCGGCUGGGGCAAAAAUCUCUUCAAGACGGCAUGGCCCUAGUCCGCCGCGACUCCCCAACCCCAAGUGAGUCUGCAUCUUUGCGUGUGACACCGGAGCAGCAGGAGGCCGAGGCUGUAGCCUCUGCAAUGCAAAAAGGUAAUUACGAGGAGGCCACGAUCAUGUGGCUUCAAUCAAGCCAGCAAACGGCACUCUUCGAUCAAACCUUCGUUAGCUACAAUGCAGGGUACUUGCGCCGCAUCUCCCCCCUUGUCGUUCUUUCGGUCGGAGCAGCUGUCACGUCGUCCUUCACGACCAGCCUUAAGGAACGUCUUGCAUGGGUUGAUGUUGUCCUGUCUUGCCUUGAUCCCCAUCAACCUGAGAUCCAGCAAGUCUUACGCAAGGUCUUGGACGUAAUCAGCCAGCGUCUUCAAACGGCCUACAUUGAGAUUGCAGAGGAGCAACCGAACAACACGUCACUUCGUCUUAUUGCCAAGCUGACGAGGCAGUCACGAGAAUUGAUGAAUCUAACUCCGCUACCUGCUGAAUGA